CUCGGCAGAGCCAACCCGGCUUCUCCUCAAGCGCACGACUGCAUGCCGAGGCCGGGCUGGGAAGUUCCACUGCAUGCGUCUGCGUCCGCGUCAGACAAGACGCCUAGCAUCCAUCUGGCGGCGCUUGGCACGCUGCUUGCGCUGUAUGCCGCGCCUGAUCUGCGGAGGAUGCUCCUCAAAGUGGCAGCAAGCGAGUCCUUGUCCCUCAAGCGCAAAAGGACGGGCAGUGAAGCUUCGGGCUCACGUGGCGCGCCGCAGCCCGAGCCUGUCCGAGAGGAGCAGCACGCCGCUGGCGAGCCCCUCAUCCGUCAAGCGCGCCUUGAGGAUGAAGACAGCGACACGACGACGUCCGACAGCGAGGAUGCGCCGCCGAUGAGCUUGGCGGCAAUGCGGCGUUGGAGGAAGGAAGCUGAUCGCGCGAGCGAGAAGCGCGUGCGUGAGAGCAAGGAGAUCGAGCGGGUCGCGAUUGCGCUCUUUGUCGCGCACACGGAGCGCCGUGUGGGAGCAGCUGGCGUCUGAUGGAGCAAUCAUGAUUGUGACACCUCCUCAAGCUGCGUGAAAAGUGCGGCAUGCAGCUGCUGCGCGUACUGUGUGCCAAGCCUGAUGCCCUGUCGCACCCGCUCUGGCCCUAGUGCGCCCCACGUUGCCGCUCCCUCCUCGCCCUCGUCCAUGCUGCUCUCAGGCUCGGC